GGAGGGCAUGUGGAGCUGGCCUGCGGGACAGCGAAGUUUCUCUGCGAGCCCCAAGUUGGUCGGACUCCAUGUAACCAUGCUCUCCGUGAGUUGCGUCGUGCUUCUCGGGCUGUUUGCGUGCGCGCUGGGCCGCACGAGCCCCGAGCCGCGGGGGGAGAAGCGGCUCGCGGGUGAUGAGGAGCGACGUGUCUCGGAGGGGACGGAGCGGUGGACACGCAGCGCCGGACUGAAUGAACAGACAUGUACAGACGUCUCUGGAGUGGAGUCCACCCUGCUGAACAGCACCAACACUUUCUCGUUCAAAGUGCGGACCAUGGGUUCACUGUCUCUGGCCUGGGUGGGAGACGGAACAGGGGUGCUGCUGGUGUUGACCACGUUUCAGGUGCCGCUCUUCAUGAUGCGGUUCGGCCAGUCGAACCUAUACAGGAGUGAAGACUAUGGGAAGACGUUCAAGGACGUGACUCAGCUGAUCAAUCACACCUUCAUCCAGACGGAGUUUGGCAUCGCUGUCAGUCCAGAUCACUCAGGGAAGGUGAUCCUGACUGGCGACGUGUCGGAGAUCGGGGGAUUCCGUCUGUUUCGCUCUCAGGACUUUGGCCGGAACUUUGUUUCGACCGACCUGCCGUUUGAGCCGCUCAUUCAGAUGCUGUACAACCCUGCGGACUGCAACACACUCGUGACGCUCAGUAUCUCGUUGGACCUGUGGCUGUCUGAGGACUUUGGCGCCACCUGGAGGAAAAUACAUGACAGCGUUUGUCUGGUCAGAUGGGGUUCAAAGAACAGCAUCUACUUUACCACAAACACCAACGGCUCAUGCAGUGAGAGAGGAAUGCUGGAGUUAAGGAAGACUCUUGACUAUGGAAGAAGUUUCCAGACCAUUGCCACCAGAGUUUACUCCUUUGUACUGGGAGGAAAAUUUGUUUUUGCUUCGAUCAUGACUGGCAAGGGCACGGAGCGUAUGAUCCACGUCUCUGUGGACGGAGGUGAGGUGUGGAACAUGGCUCAGCUUCCAGUCGUCAACCACGAGCAGUUUUACUCCAUCCUGUCGGCCAAUCAGGACAUGAUCUUCAUGCACGUGGACGACCCUGGAGGUCAGAACAGAUAUUCCGGAGUAGGAACUAUCUACGUGUCGGACGACCGGGGAACCGUGUUCUCCAAGUCUCUGGAGCGCCACCUUUACACCACCACAGGAAGUGACACUGACUUCACCGUCAUUACUUCACUCCGGGGCGUCUACAUGACCAGCGUUCUCACUGAGGAUGGAGCGGUGGAGACUGUGAUCACCUUUGACCAGGGAGCCAAGUGGCAGACGCUGCGCAGACCACAGAACAGUCACUGCAACAGCGACAGCUCCACCAACAGACCCAACAAAUGCAGACUUCACAUCCACGCCUCCUACAGCACCACCAUGAAGAUGAACGUCCCCAUGCUGCCGCUCUCACAGCCCAAUGCAGUGGGAGUUAUUUUGGCCCAUGGCAGUAUCGGUGAUGCCGAGUCGGCUCUCUCCCCUGAUGUGUACGUGUCUGACGACGGGGGCUACACCUGGCUGCUGGCCCUGAAGGGACCCCAUCACUACGCUAUCCUGGACUCCGGAGGCCUGCUGGUGGCGGUAGAACACACCAACUCCCCUGUCAACCAGAUCAAGUUUUCCACAGACGAAGGGCAGUGCUGGCACACGUAUAACUUCACCAGCGAUCCGCUCCACUUCAGCGGCAUGGACAGCGAGCCGGGCUCCCGUUGCAUGAACGUCAGCCUGUGGGGAUACAGGAACGACUUCAGCAAAUGGGUGGUGAUCACCAUCGACUUCAGGAAGCUCCUCACCAGAGACUGCAGCGAAGGGGACUACGUACAGUGGCUGGCUCACUCCACAGACCCCAGCGGAACAAGCGACGGCUGCGUCCUGGGCUUCAAAGAGACCUUCUUACGUCUGAGAAAAGACUCGGUCUGCUGGAAGGGCAGGGACUUCGCUCUCACCAAGAAGCUGUCUCCCUGUCCCUGUACGGUGCAAGAUUACCACUGUGACUUUGGGUAUUACCGACAGGAGAACGGCUCGGAGUGUGUGAGGCAGCAGGAGCUGAAGGACAAACCUUUGGAGUUCUGUUUGAAUGGAACCGCUGAGCAGCUUCAGACCAGCGGCUACCGGAAGAUCCCUGGAGACCAGUGUGAGGGGGGCUUUCAGCCAGAAAGGAAGGAGACCGACCUGGGGAAACUGUGUACCAGCAAUGCUCUUUUUCCCAAUUCUCUGAUUGAAAGCAGCUCACCGAACGCCGUCAUCAUUGUGCUGGUCGUCAUAGCGAUCCUCCUGAUGAGUGCAGUCGCUGGUGUCUGGCUGGUUAAGAAGUAUGUCUGCGGAGGACGGUUCCUCGUGCACCGAUACUCCGUCAUGAGGGAGCACGUUGAAGCGAACAAAAUAGAAGGAGUAGACGAUGUUGACCCCAACUACAUGGAGACAGGAAAAGCACAGUACAAUGAAGACUCGGAUCAGGAUCUCUUAGAUUAGGACUCAGCUUUACUCAAAGACUAAAUUUAAUGCAGUCUUCCAUGAUGCCUGGGCAUUCCUGUUGCUCCCACAUGCUGAUUAACAUCUGCUUCUCACUUCUCGCUAUCCCCUGGUGGCUGGAGGACUCGGCAGAGCAGCGGGGCGACCGCUUAUAUUGCUUCCUUGUGCCAGUUGAGGCUCCUGCAAAAUAGACGUACUGGUGGUUUGGGGAGGGGAGGGCAACCCCAGCGCACAACAGACGAGAGCCUCCGGGGUCCCUGGAGAGCUUUUGUUAUCUCUGUCACAGAAAGUUCUGUAAAGACUGUUGAUGAUGAAUACGUGCCCCGUUGUGCUCUGGAUGUUUCCUUUCAUGCUGACCUGGGAAGAGACGGCCAUGCACUCGCAGAAACGCAGUACCAACGCCACAGCUUGGGUAUUUGAGGGUCACAGAAUUGUUUUUGUUUUUUUUUCUUGAAAGCUUUGGGCUCAGUCAAGUAAAAGAAAAUGAGAAUUUGUAGUUCACAAUUGUCAAGUAAGUAGUGCUUGUUUUUUGUCAACUUCAACAUUUGCAGGAUACGGUGCGGUUUUGUAUGAUGGGCCAUUUUAACGUGGACUCAGCCUUAUCAGUCACUACCAUUUUGGCACAAGACUUCCCACUUUCCUCGGGUUUGACCGUAACGACAGUUUUCCAGUUUUAUCAGCAGCUACCUGGAACAGCCGUCACGAUCCUGCUCGUUUCUCAACAAGUCUCUGUAUUUGUUAUCUUGACAGGUGAGAAUCGUGGAGAAAGUUUCUGUAAACCAAAUAAUAUAGCAAUGACUGAGAAUUGAUUUCCACAUUUGUUUAAAAAUAGUUAAUCAAGUGUUUCAUAUUAUUAGUUGUGUUCAUUACACAAUUACUAACUUCAAACACAUAAAUGACUGUGAAAUCUCUCAUGGACCAGACUUUUAAAAAAGGUACAAAUAUUUCCAAGGUAGGUGCCAAACAAAGUGGGAAUUGAUACUUCUCAAGCUAAAUAAGUUCAUUUUAGCAUUUUUUUAAUAGUCUUGCAUAUUGUUACAAGAUGAAUAAAGGUUUCACUAUACUAUACAGUUGAGAUCCUACAUGUUUUUUUAUAGAUAUGCGCAAACAGUAUGUAAAAAUGCUUGAAGAGACAAUGUAUGAAACAGACAGCUUUUUCUUUGAAGCUUCGACUUUUAAACCGAAGGUGAGUCAGGAAAUCAACAUUCAGCUAAUUGAUUGUGAAGUACGUCAGCUGCUCAGAGCAACAAUCAAAUGUUUAUUGUUGUAGUUCCUGGUGAAACGUUGCACACAAAUGUCUAAAGGCCCUGUCAUCUUUAUGAAUGCAUGGAAAUAAAACAGAGUGCAGUUUAACACGGCCGCUGUCUUCCUCUCUCCUGUUUUGUGUGGUGAAAAUGAAAGACUUGAACUAUUGCCAAAGCACUUUUUACUGUUUAGUGUUCUAAUUGUAGCUGAUGCUAACCCAGGCCCUACUUGAACUCGCUCGUAUAUUUGCUUAACAGGUUGCACCAGUAUGUUUCUACUUCUGCUCUGUUCUGUUUUUGACUGUUAUUUUCCAUACCAGCCAAAGCUAAUAUGCAUUUGUCUUAUAGUCUUAAUGCAGGUGCACCCAUUAGCACUAAAUAAAUGUUUGUAUUAAGAGAGCUGUGCAAACUUUUCUACAGACACGCUGAUGCUGUUGUUGUUGUUGCCAUUUUCAAAAACUUCACAUUUGUCAAAUUAAUGUGUUCAAUGUAAAAAAAAAUAUUUUUCUUUAUUACAUAAAGUGAGUAUGGUUUGUUUUGCAAAUAUACACUUUUCUGUGUGGCAUGCACUGCUACUAUUUCAACUUUGUGCAGUAUAAGAUGGUCACAUUGGACACAGGGCUUAUGGCUGAUGCUUGUACUCACCAGCAGAGGCAGUAAUAUCCCAGCGAAUAAGCUAUCGUGAUAAGCUGGCCGAAUAUUGAGGCGUUUUCUCAAGGACUGUUGGACGGACUUUGUCGGAUAUGAACGCAAAUUCAUGUGCUUGAUGCUUCUUGAUUUACUCGACAGCCAGUAAGAAAAAAAUCAGAAAUCAGCUAUUUACUGGAUUCAAUUAUUUCUUUUUUUGCACUGUAUCUACAGAUCUGUGAAAGUUUUGCAUUUUGUUGUGCUCCUUGUACACCUGUGUUUUGGGAAAUAUUAGGGUCUCAAGUUGUGACGUUCUUUCCAUUCCAUCUCCUUGACUGUUUGCGAUCAGACACCAGAGUUGAGUCUCUGAAUUGAAGUGGUCUCCAGCAAAGAUGUUUUAUAACAGUGUUGACGUUUAUGAAAUUAAAUACCACCACCUUUUA